AUGUGGCAAUUGUUGAUAGUCUUGGCCUGCCUGUUACCUGGCUACCUCUGGGUGCAGGUGCAGGCGGUUUUUCUCGAGGAAUGCAAGGGCGUGAUCAUCAAUAAGGUGACUAAUGAGAAUCAGGAGUGCAGUGAGUUUGUUCACUGCGAUGGCGAUGAUUCCUACUACUGCAAUGGGGAUUGUCGUGAGCCCGUGGAGUGUCAUACCAAUGUGGUUACCACACCGGUUACCACCUUAAGACCCAUAGGAACCUCUACGGAACGAGCACCAUCCGCAGAGUCAGUCAGUACUACCUCCACGACUGUAGCUACUACCACGCCUACAACGAUUGCUGUAACCACGACUACAACCCAAGUUCCGAGCACCGAUGUGCAUGUCAUCUGCAAGACGAGUGGAAGGAACGGGGUCUAUCCCUAUCCGGCAAACAGCAAUUACUAUUAUCAGUGUCUUUCCGGUUAUCUGCUGCUCCAGCAGUGCCCACAGAAUUUCCAUUUCGAUGCCUCCCAGGGACAGUGCGUUGCCACAAAACCCAAUCGUUCAUCGGGCUUACGUCUGUAAGAUUCAUAUCCCAGUUUGUAAUAAAGCAAUUAUCAAAAGCG